AUGUCUCCUCCAUCGCCCGGCGGCGCAUCGUCACCGCUUCGCGAUGCUCGCCGUUCACGCUUCACGUACCGUCAGCUUGCCCAGUUGGCGACUUACAGCAUCACGACACCUCUGCGCGUGAUUGCCCACAUUGAUCUCGAUGCAUUCUACGCACAGUGUGAGAUGAUCAGGCUCGGUGUCGCGGAGGAUAAGCCUCUCGCUGUCCAACAGUGGCAAGGCCUUAUUGCAGUCAACUAUCCGGCAAGGAAAUGGGGCAUCGGACGCCAUUGCAACGUCGCAGAAGCUAAGAAGCUGUGCCCGGAUCUAAUUGCGCAGCAUGUCGCCACUUGGAGAGAAGGCGAUGACAAAUGGGCAUAUCGUGAUGAUGCAGCCGCCAAUAUCGCAACGGACAAGGUGUCGCUUGAUCCUUAUCGCUUGCAAUCCAGAAAGAUCCUCGCAACCAUUAAAGAAUCUCUCCCGAGAGACCUGCAAAAGGUAGAAAAGGCAAGCAUCGAUGAGGUCUUCCUAGACCUCUCGGCUCAGAUCCAUGCUGAGCUUUUACGCCGAUUCCCCGAGCUGUCGAGUCCGCCCCCAUCUGGAGAUGUAUCCGAACCUCUCCCUUUCCCAUCUGCUGCGGCCUUGGAGUGGCAGAAUGACAAUCUUAUUGACCUCGAAGAGGACGAAGAAGCCGUCGACCCGGACUGGGACGACGUAGCCAUACUGAUUGGCUCCGAGAUUGUUCGCCGAGUUCGAGCUCAAGUACGGGAAAAGCUGGGAUACACAUGUUCUGCCGGCAUAGCGAACAACAAGCUGGUUAGCAAGCUGGGCUCGGCUUUUAAGAAGCCUAAUGAACAGACGGUAGUGCGCAACCGAGCUGUAAUGCUAUUCUUGACGGAGAUCAAAGUGACCAAGAUGCGAAACCUCGGUGGCAAGCUGGGAGAUCAAGUCGUUUCUACGUUUGGUACAGAGAGUAUCAAGGAGCUGCGUGAUAUCCCAUUGGAGCAAUUCAAAGCAAAACUUGGCGAGGAAACUGCCAUUUGGUUCUACAACACCAUUAGAGGCAUCGAUCACAGCGAGGUCAAUUCUCGAACACAGAUCAAAUCUAUGCUUUCGGCCAAGUCGUUUCGUCCAUUGAUCAAGUCGUCCGAACAGGCAACCAAGUGGCUAAGGAUUUUUGCGGGCGAUAUUUAUUCUCGUUUGGUGGAAGAAGGUAUCCUGGAACACAAGCGAUGGCCACGUACAAUCAAUCUUCAUCAUCGCCACGCUGGGCAAACCCGCAGUAGGGGAUGCCCAAUCCCCACAGGAAAGCCUUUGGAUGAGCAAGCUCUUUUCAUUCUUUGUAAAGAGCUGCUUAACCAAAUUGUUGCCGAGGGCGGCGCCUGGCCCUGCACCAACUUGAGCUUGAGUGUUAGUGGGUUCGAAGAAGGGGUCAAGGGCAACAUGGGGAUUGGUGCUUUUUUCAAAAAGAGGGACGAGACCCCUCCUCCAUUACGGCCUUUGAAUGAUACCGAGUUUGAGAACGUGGCUAUAGAGCAGCCGAGCAAGAAGCCUCGACUGGACAAGCCCAACAUUGAGCGAUUCUUUUCUAAACGAAACGCCGGUAGUCGUCAAGGCUCUCCUUCUGAGACACAACCGCUGGAUAUGGACAAGCAGCAGUCUGAAGUGGCCGAUUCUUUGUGGUUUGAUCAAGAAUGGAAAGAAUCGGGCAUGCUCGAGCCCGAAACUACGACAUCUAGUCACGAGAAUUCAGGGCCAGAGGAUCCAUCAUAUCUGACGGUCCUAGCCUGUCCGAGGUGUAAGGCUAGCUUCGACGACGAGGUGUCCCUACAGAGCCACGAGGACUGGCAUUUCGCCAAAGACAUCCAGGAUAGCGAACGUGUCAAGCCCGCAUUUGCCGAGCAACCAGCCGCUUCCCGCGGCCAUGGGUCGAAAGGCUCUGGCCCUGCUUCAAAGCGUGGGCGCCCAAGAACGAAGCGCGAGCAGGGGCAAAGCAAGCUCAAGUUUGGAUGA